GUAGAUGCCAUCUAUGAAACAAACAGUUUAAGAUCAUUUGUUACAUUUAUAUUCCAUAUGAGAGCUUACAUUGUGCAUUGUAUACAUAUUAUUAUUAUUAUUAUUAAUAAAACAUUGUUUUAUACACUUACAUUUGAAUAUUGAGGACCUGUAAAAAUGACAAGGGUAUUUUUCAGUAAUUUCACAUGGUUACUUUUCCCAUCCACAGAUACAGAUAAUAGCAAUGGGAUCCUGCAAUGGCUGGAAAUGAAAUAAUUUCUCAGUACAAUAUACUGCUUGUUGAUUAUUUUGACUUGUUUAAAACCUAGUAAAUGUUUGUCUGUUCUCUGGUAUGGGAUGUUUAAAGAUACAAAUAUACUUAAAAGGAUAAAACAUCCAUUUGCAAGGAUACUUCAAUGCCUGAGAUGGAACAUGUGCUAUCCUCUAUAAAAUGGUGUCUGGAAUUCCCCUCCAAGCUCCCCUGGUACUUUCCUCUGGAAUUCCCCUCCAAGCUCCCCUGGUACUUUCCUCUGGAAUUCCCCUCCAAGCUCACCUGGUACUUUCCUCUGGAAUUCCCCUGCUGGAAUUUCCCUUCACAGAAUGGCAAAGACAAGCUGCCUAACCCAAAUGUCCUCACAUACCCAACACCAAUACUCAAGCCCACAAACACUCUGAUUUUUCAACCAGUUAUUUAUUUUAUUUAUUUACAUGUAUUGUAGCCUAAUGUUAACAGAGCAAUCAUUAAACGUUUUAGAGAAACAGUACAUGCAUAUUCGGGUUGGCAACUGCCCCCACAUACACCUGUAACACCCAACACCUAGCGAAUGGCUUUGGUUUUGAAGCAAAACAUUGCAUUGCAAAUUAUGAAUUUUAACAAGUGCUAUUUUAAGCACAGCAACACGUGCCCCUUAUUACCAUUCAGCAUGCUGUAAAGAAGCAAGCACCCAAAGAGACACCUGCAAAGCCCACAGAAAACCCUUCUCAUCCCCCUUCACAGCAUGUCUGCUGUCCUGCAGAGGGGACCAGCUGAGCGGCUUUACCUUGCACGUGCACAGGGCUUUAAGCACCUCAGUUUGACCCCAGGUACACACCCCAUGACAUGCUGUACCGAUUGUAAUCUAGCCGGACUGCGCAGUACGCAGCAUUCACUGAAAACAGAAGCAACCUUUUUAAAAAAAAAAAAAAAAAAAAAAAUGAAGGCAGUGGUCUCUCGGGCAUGCCUCACACGCUAAAUUCACUUUUCUAGUAUGGGAAGGACUUGCCAGUCUCUAGGAACUACUGGGAAGAUGCUACAAGGCGGUGAACAGGAGACGAUACACAGCUGGUGUGGCCGAGCAUUGAAGUUUGGCCCCUGGAUUCAGAGAUCAAAGCGCGCAGGCAUUCUGUACGGCGACUUUGCAGUGCAGUACUGAGUUAAGGAGAGAGUUCAUUACAUACAAAAAAGGGUUGGAUUGGGACAUUAACUGGACCAAACUUGCUGGCAGUCCUGACAAUGUCCAGGCUGGCGUGUUGGGAGUACAGUAGCCGACACUGAAAAGGUCUGUUUGAAAAGGGGGCUGAAUACGACGCGGUGCACUGAAGUGUAACUCAGAUUCCCUGGUCGUUUCCAUACAUUUAAGGAAAGCACUGUAUGUAACGUGCUGAUACGAACCGAGGCACACCGUGUGCAACCAAGCUAAAGUUAAAAAUAUUAGUUACUUUGGAAGAUGGGGACCACGAAGAAAGUGUGAGUGCCGAACUGAUUUCAAGAUAUUCUUUUUAAAGGCACCGUUAAAGUUUUAAAGACAGUGUUGAGCAGAUACACGCAGGACGGGUGGAAAGUCGGUUGCCGAUUGUUUUUUAUUUAUUUUUUUUUUUUUUUGCGGUGGCUAAAAACUAAAGGCUUUAUUUUAAAAAAAAUGUAAACGUUAGAAUUAUGAAGUUUGCAUGGUUCCCUAAAAUGAAUUAAAUACACCUGUUAUUAAUAAUGAACUCAUCUAGACUAUGUACUGAAAACUGCUGUGCAACUAUCAUGGGCUUUGCGUGUUGUGUGUUUACUAAACUUCCUAACGUUACGCUGUCCUCUUCAUUUGUAACUGAACAAACCGUUUCAUACCGAGUUUCACACUUCUAAGACGAUAUACUCCGUUUGAAAGUACGCGUUCAGGAUUAAAACCGACUUUCACAACUAUUAAAACACAACUAAAAUAUUCAGCGAUAAAAUACAAAUACACCAUCACAACCACCUUGCAUGCAGGCGCAUGUUGAUGACGUUUUUGUAGGCACGCUUUCUGCGUCGCUUUUACAGUUUCAGGUGCCUUGGUCUAUACUGCCACCCAGUGGAAAUGUGGAUUAAAGAAGAAAUCUGAAACGAUUUAGUCAAAAGGAGUUCGGGUUUGUUUAAUCCUAAUUAUAAUUCUCGUGCAUGUUCUAUUUUCAGGGAGUCGGCCCGGAGACUCUUAAUGGAAACUGGACAGGAUCCAAUGACGGCAGCAGCACUAUGGAUAACUUCAUUUUCCUAACGGUUGGAAUUCUGAUUGGUUUAGUCCUGUCCCGUCUGUUUACAAGCACGCGUUCAUGGCUGGAGUUUGAUUACUUGAGAGGGCGCUGGAUUCCUCGUCUGUCAGUUGAAGAGACUCAGCCUCACACAGGGCCCAUAGUUAUUAUCUACAGCUAAAACCUGCUCCAACACCCAGCAGCAGGACCGAAUGUGCCGCAUGUGUUCAUCGCCGUUGUUUUAUUGAACUGGUCAUGCUGUGGCUAUUCCUAACAUGGAGCCAGCAAACCUAUUUUAAAGCCAUGGUUAGCAUUGCCUUUUACUUACUGUCAACUACAAAGAACAAAAAACUCAGGGACCGGACUCAGCAUUCACUGGCAAGGGACCGGACUCAGCAUUCACUGGCAAGGGACCGGACUCAGCAUUCACUGGCAAGGGACCGGACUCAGCAUUCACUGGCAACGUGUUUUAAUUCUUAGUUUCAAAGCACUUUGGCAUUGCACAGUACAGUAUUUUAUGCACGGUGUUAAAUUGUAUAUUUGUGGGAAAACGUUUGCAAAUGAAUGCCAUUUAAACUGAGUUUAUUGGACCAGGUGCUUCGCUCAGGUGCGCUGACUGCGCCAGUACCCAGCGUGAGUGCUCCCAGCCCGCUCCAUCAGCAAGGUAGAGACUUGAAGCAAUGCCGUGCCUGGAGUGACUGAGCCUCCUUCAUACAGGGAUGCACGCCCACCUGUGUGAAGAUAAUACAGUGUGCUAUGCCUAAGUAUAUGACUUUACAAAUCCAGUGGAUCAAAAGAACAUUCGACAAUACUGCAGCCCAGAGGCGCGCAUGACUCCGAGGUGCUAAAGGUGCUUAAUUUAAGAGCCUGACGAGCCGUGACAUGGGUGCUAUUUAUUUUGUACAUUUUGUAAAUGUGUAAUAUAUGUUUUAAAUAAAGUGUUUAUUUAUUGUAAAUGUGUUAUAUAUGUUUAAGUUACAGUACGUGUCCCACACAGUAAUAUUUUAUAUAAAAUUCAUACAGCGCUGGAUGAGUCGCGGUGUGUAAAAUUACCUUCCCUGCUGAGGCUUUUGGAUCUGUAGGAGCGCUGCGGAGAAAACGCUGUCAAUUUCAACCUUUUUAAAUAGUCCUAUUUAUUAAUCUGGUAAUCAGGAAAAUACAUUGAACGAAUACGAGUAUUUAACAAUAUUUCACUUUUAUAUUUUGUAUUAUUUAUUUUACUGUUCAUGCUUCGCUUGCAUUAGCCUCGCAGUCCUGUCACAAUCGCAGUGGACUGGCUUCUACAACCCUAAUGCAGUGAAACUGACUGCACGUGUGAUUUACUUAGCCUGCUACUGAUAGAAUACAGGAGUUCUUGCAUUAUGCCAGGACACAUGUGCACAGCUGUACGCUCCUCAAGGGCUAUUACACACCAGGGUUGAGAGGUCAUCAGUUACAUCAGAAACUGGUAUGGUUGAAACACAUAUCCCAGCUAGAAUGGCCUUUGUAUCGGUGUUGCUACGGAUAUGCUGUUUGUAAUUAAAUACAAAGUCGGGUCAGUCCUAACAAUGAAAGGGCAGCCUUUUGUAUUUUUAUAAUGGCAUUUGAUUGCUGUUUUUUUUCACAUAGUUUAUUUCAGCACCUAUGCAUGUUUACGUUUUGCAUUUGAAUUGCCAUUGUGUUGCGCAGAUAACGUUUGACAACGACUCAGUAUCGUACACUGAGCAUGAACUGAAUGCCUUUACAGGAAAAACAGAAAAUAAAAAUUAGAAAACUAACGAAACAGCUCCUGUGUGGAAUAACGCGGCUGCAAUUACAAAACAACGCAAGUAAUAAGAUUCUACAAUAGCACACAACAUAAUUCAAAUCUACAACAAUGAAACUGAACUAAACUAAAAAGAGAACUGCCAACGUGUGAGUCAGACGGGGAUUUUCAGCAGACGGGACUUUCCGCUGCGGGCUGCGCGCCAGCCCCCUCCCUCGUCUGAUUUCCUGCCCAGGCCGGGCUUGUGACAGUAUAAAUGCUCAGUUCUGAGUUAGCUCUCUGCUCCUUGGAGCUUUGCAAUUUUCAGGGGACACGUUUCAAGUUUUCGAGCCAGAAGAUUCUCGGCAAUACGGAGGGGAGCAGACGAUUGCGCCGAUCUCCUGUCAUUGUCAGCCUGUAAGUUAGGGGACACAAAUUAAAGGGGUUUCAAAUAAACAGGUUACAAAGCAUCCAGGUUUGUGGCAUGAAUUCAGUUUUUGCAGACCAAACAGGUUUCAACAAUCUCUCUCUCUCUCUCUCUCUCUCUCUCUCUCUCUCUCUCUCUCUCUCUCUCUUUCUCUCUCUCUCUCUCUCUCUCUCUCUCUCAAAUUCAAAUAAAAAAACAAUCUCUCUCUCUCUCUCUCUCUCUCUCUCUCUCAAAUUCAAAUAAAAAACAAUCUCUCUCUCUCUCUCUCUCUCUCUCUCUCUCUCUCUCUCUCUCUCUCUCUCUCUCUCUCUCUCUGUAAACGCCUCUUUUCCACCCAAUACACUGUUAUGUAUAUUUAUAAUAGUUUAUUAUACGUUUUCCUAUUAGUUUUACAUGUACUGUACCACACAAGCACACACACCUUUUACGAUACAUAAAGGACACACUAACCACGGGUUUUCUCAUAAGGAACCCGUCUGUAACUGUAAGCUGGACAAUAUCAACAUUUUAAAAACAACACAAUAAUGCGUUCAUUGUUUUUAGGCUACUUAUAAUCUUAAAAAAAGGAAAAUAAAACAAAGAGGAUAUUUUAUCUUUUGCAAGGGAUAUAUUUGCAUUUUUAUUUACACAGGAAUCGCGACUGAAACAAACGUACUGUGUGUGUCACUUCAAACUAUCACGCAAGUUUCUUAAAGACACAGGAGCAUAUUUUAUGUCGCUCCGCCCAUUCAGACCCCGUCACUGACGCGUGUUUCAGGAGGCACGCCAUCGGUGUAUUCGCGGGUGAAGACACGUUUUACAGGGACCCUGGGUUCCUCGACCAUUUUACGAUUUGGGGAAAGUCCAGAAAGAGGGGGAUUUCCAAUAAAAAAAAAAAAAUCACAAGAUAGAGAAAAAAAAUCAGAUCUACUGAAUGUUUGUUUGAGUGCACAUCAAGUUCCCCUGUGGAUACAAUUUGCAUUUCAAUUCGGUACAAAAUGGAAACGAUACAGUUGGAGCAGCCCAAGCCACUGGGAGAGACUGUCAGGAGAGACCAAGGUAACCCACUCCUGGGAGGUGAACUAGCCUGGGUAGAUUAUUGCCAUGCCCUGGUUGACCGGAUGUUUCAAUGCUGCCAAAAAUGCUGUGACGAAGGAGAGACUGUAAAGCUAUCUGUUGAAGAAACACAGCCACUGAUACAGGGGAGCUCAGUGCGCAGAUGGAACUAGAAAAGAAAACCCUUUUUUAUUUUCUUUUUUUACCUCAUUAUCUUUGCUGCUUGUCUUUCAGACGUUCUUUUAUACUUUAUAUAUAUAUAUAUAUAUAUAUAUAUAGCUCCAGUUAUUUAAAAAUGAUAGAUUGGUGCUGUCAAAUGAUAAAAAAAAAGGUUUAAUUUGAUUAAAUAGUUAAAUUCCCAUUGGUAUGUGAUUUGCUGUGCGUCGUGGUACCUGUGCGCACUGCAGGUACAAACUGAAUAAGCUAAACGCUUUCAGAACAGAGACAGCAAAAAAAAAUAAAAAAAUAAAAAUAAAAAAACAUUCCUGGCGUCCUGCAACCGUUUACAUGAAGUUUUAACAAUUUGCUUAUUGUUAACAAGCUUUCCCCAGUGCUGCUGCUUGUAGUAAAUGGAGCAUUUAAUAAUUAAUCUAAUAGUGUUGCACAUAAUGAUUUCCACUGUACUGGUGGCUGCAGGUACAGUCUUGCUGCUUUGUAACGUAGGUAGUCAGCGGAUGUACAUCACUCAGCUGCUAUACAAUGUUAUACUUGAAUAGACUGGCAGCUUUGUCAUGUGUGUGGUUGCAAUGGGAAGUGAGUGCUCUACAUAUAUAUAAUUAUGCACUGCAUUUGCAUUUGAACCCGCUUCGAUAUCGAUAUUUUGCAAGUGUUACUAUUUAACCAACUCCCAAAUGCAAUCCGUGAUUGAGCUAUUAGUGAUACACUGUCACAGUAAUCUCAGGGUUAAUGAGAACUCCCAAGUGCAAUCCGUGAUUGAGCUAUUAGUGAUACACUGUCACAGUAAUCUCAGGGUUAAUGAGAACUCCCAAGUGCAAUCCGUGAUUGAGCUAUUAGUGAUACACUGUCACAGUAAUCUCAGGGUUAAUGAGAACUCCCAAGUGCAAUCCGUGAUUGAGCUAUUAGUGAUACACUGUUACAGUAAUCUCAGGGUUAAUGAGAACUCCCAAGUGCAAUCCGUGAUUGAGCUAUUAGUGAUACACUGUCACAGUAAUCUCAGGGUUAAUGAGAACUCCCAAGUGCAAUCCGUGAUUGAGCUAUUAGUGAUACACUGUCACAGUAAUCUCAGGGUUAAUGAGAACUCCCAAGUGCAAUCCGUGAUUGAGCUAUUAGUGAUACACUGUCACAGUAAUCUCAGGGUUAAUGAGAACUCCCAAGUGCAAUCCGUGAUUGAGCUAUUAGUGAUACACUGUCACAGUAAUCUCAGGGUUAAUGAGAACUCCCAAGUGCAAUCCAUGAUUGAGCUAUUAGUGAUACACUGUCACAGUAAUCUCAGGGUUAAUGAGAACUCCCAAGUGCAAUCCGUGAUUGAGCUAUUAGUGAUACACUGUUACAGUAAUCUCAGGGUUAAUGAGAACUCCCAAGUGCAAUCCAUGAUUGAGCUAUUAGUGAUACACUGUCACAGUAAUCUCAGGGUUAAUGAGAACUCCCAAGUGCAAUCCGUGAUUGAGCUAUUAGUGAUACACUGUCACAGUAAUCUCAGGGUUAAUGAGAACUCCCAAGUGCAAUCCGUGAUUGAGCUAUUAGUGAUACACUGUCACAGUAAUCUCAGGGUUAAUGAGAACUCCCAAGUGCAAUCCAUGAUUGAGCUAUUAGUGAUACACUGUCACAGUAAUCUCAGGGUUAAUGAGAACUCCCAAGUGCAAUCCAUGAUUGAGCUAUUAGUGAUACACUGUUACAGUAAUCUCAGGGUUAAUGAGAACUCCCAAGUGCAAUCCAUGAUUGAGCUAUUAGUGAUACACUGUCACAGUAAUCUCAGGGUUAAUGAGAACUCCCAAGUGCAAUCCAUGAUUGAGCUAUUAGUGAUACACUGUUACAGUAAUCUCAGGGUUAAUGAGAACUCCCAAGUGCAAUCCAUGAUUGAGCUAUUAGUGAUACACUGUCACAGUAAUCUCAGGGUUAAUGAGAACUCCCAAGUGCAAUCCAUGAUUGAGCUAUUAGUGAUACACUGUCACAGUAAUCUCAGGGUUAAUGAGAACUCCCAAGUGCAAUCCAUGAUUGAGCUAUUAGUGAUACACUGUUACAGUAAUCUCAGGGUUAAUGAGAACUCCCAAGUGCAAUCCGUGAUUGAGCUAUUAGUGAUACACUGUUACAGUAAUCUCAGGGUUAAUGAGAACUCCCAAGUGCAAUCCAUGAUUGAGCUAUUAGUGAUACACUGUCACAGUAAUCUCAGGGUUAAUGAGAACUCCCAAAUGCAAUCCGUGAUUGAGCUAUUAGUGAUACACUGUCACAGUAAUCUCAGGGUUAAUGAGAACUCCCAAGUGCAAUCCGUGAUUGAGCUAUUAGUGAUACACUGUUACAGUAAUCUCAGGGUUAAUGAGAACUCCCAAGUGCAAUCCGUGAUUGAGCUAUUAGUGAUACACUGUCACAGUAAUCUCAGGGUUAAUGAGAACUCCCAAGUGCAAUCCAUGAUUGAGCUAUUAGUGAUACACUGUCACAGUAAUCUCAGGGUUAAUGAGAACUCCCAAGUGCAAUCCAUGAUUGAGCUAUUAGUGAUACACUGUUACAGUAAUCUCAGGGUUAAUGAGAACUCCCAAGUGCAAUCCAUGAUUGAGCUAUUAGUGAUACACUGUCACAGUAAUCUCAGGGUUAAUGAGAACUCCCAAGUGCAAUCCGUGAUUGAGCUAUUAGUGAUACACUGUCACAGUAAUCUCAGGGUUAAUGAGAACUCCCAAGUGCAAUCCGUGAUUGAGCUAUUAGUGAUACACUGUUACAGUAAUCUCAGGGUUAAUGAGAACUCCCAAGUGCAAUCCAUGAUUGAGCUAUUAGUGAUACACUGUCACAGUAAUCUCAGGGUUAAUGAGAACUUCAAGUUUCUGCAGUCCUUUCAGAACACACAGGAUUCCAUGAGAAGCACGAAUCAAGGAGUUUGUUAUAAGAGGGAGUACAGGGUGUCCACAAAGUCCUGGGACCCCCAUGUUUGUUUUGACAGUGCACUGACCAGCCACUGAAACAUGUGGAAGAAUGUAACAUUAUCCUUCACCAAUCCCCAAAACAUGGGGGAACAGGACUUUGGGCACACCCUGUCGUUUGAAUUGAUAGACAAAAGCUUCCAUGUUUUGAUUUAAGUGUUCCAUUUGUAAUUAUUGGUGAGGAGUUUAAGUUUAGAUUUUGACAAAUGCAUCAGCACUCAACCCUGCUGAACAGUACUGUGCUCAAAACCAGUGUCACUCACCCACAGUGGCAAUGGACUCAUGGAUAAGCUAUUAACCUGCAGCCACUUGUACUGUGAAAGUAUUUCAAAUGCUGUAGUUUUGAUAAUGUUUUAUUUUCUAUAAACCAUCUUUUAAUAUAUAUAUAUAUCUAUUUCAUA